AUGCUCCGCCGUGCCGUCCUCCGUACCGUGGCCCAACAAGCGUCUUCCGCCUCUUCCAUCAAGACGCGCAGCUUUGUCACGUCGCAAUUCCGCGCCGCUAACUACAAGAAGCAGCCGACCGCCGUAAUGCUUGCUGCCGCAGGCGUCGCGGCCAUAAGCGGCUUGGCCCUCACCGAUCUGGUGAACGCCCGCGAGAAGCCCGUGGAUGUCGACGCCAUUAAGAAGGAGAUCGUGGAGAUCUUCGAUGAGAAUAAUUACAUGGGUCCUACGUUUGUACGUCUCGCGUGGCACUCGAGCGGCACGUUUGAUAAGCGCGACGGGUCUGGCGGCUCCACGGGUGGUACUAUUCGCUUUGAUCCCGAGAUCAACCACGGUGGUAACGCUGGUCUGCACUUGGCUAUCAAGGCGUUGGAAAAGGUCAAGAAGAACCAUCCGGAGAUCACGUACGCUGAUCUAUUCGUGCUAGCGGGUGCUACGAUGAUUGAGGAGAUGGGCGGUCCUGAGAUUCCCUUCCGUCUUGGCCGCCCCGACGCCACGAGUGGCAAGGAACCCACACAGACCCUCGAUGACCGUCUGCCUCAUGCUGACAAAGGCAGCACGGACAAAACAACGCAGCAUGUGCGCGACGUGUUCUACCGCAUGGGCUUUAACGACCGUGAUAUUGUCGCUCUAGCUGGUGCUCACGCUGUUGGCCGCUGCUACUCCUCGCGUAGUGGCUACAGCGGCCCGUGGACACAUUCUGAGUGGACGUUCUCGAACGGGUACUUCCGUGAACUGAUCGAGAACAUUUGGACCGUCAAGAAGUGGGAUGGCCCCAUGCAGUACGAAGAUCCGACGGGCAACCUCAUGAUGUUGCCGUCCGAUAUAGUACUGAUCCAAGAUCCCGAGUUCAAGAAGUACGUCGAGAUAUACGCGAAAGACGAGAAUCUGUGGUUUAAAGACUUCACCAAGGCUUUUGUGAAGCUCACGGAGAACGGAGUCAAGUUCCCAGAGAGUUCGGGCUGGCUUAAGUUUUUCGGCGUCAAGUAA